UUAAAAUAAUUAGAUUAUAAAUGGAAGACAACGAGGGCUAUAAUAAUUAUGACGAGCAGGAGGAAUCCCCUGGUGCUUAUCCCCAGGAUGAAUUAUACCAGAACCAAGAUGAUGCCGACCUCGGAUACAAUGAGGAUCACAAGUACCUUUCCUCGAAAGAAGCCAGAAAGAAAGCAGAAGAGGAUUCUAAGUUAUUAGCAAACAGAAUCGCCCUCCUCAAGCUCGAAGAGAGGAAGGCCUGGAAAUAAGAUCGACGAAACCAAGAAGAAAGCCAAACAGAUUAUUGAUCAGAGAAAGAGGAACCAAAAAGUUGCUCUCGAGCGAGACCAAAGAAAGCGCCAGAAAGAGAAGGAACGCGAAAAGCUCCAGCAGCGCAACAAGCAGAUUAAGGAGCAGCUCCAGUCGAAUAUCAAAGCCAAAAGGGCCCAACAUGAAACAGAUGUACAAGAAGACGUCAAGCAUUUCAGAAGAGAGAAGGAAGACCAAAAGGAAAUGCUCGAGUACCAGAGGAGAGAAGAGCAACUCAGGAACACCACCAGGAAGCAGCUCAUCAGGAACACCCAGAGGGAGGCCCAGGAAAAGAAGGUGCAGGCUCUUGAAGACAAGAAGCUGCAGGCCAAGAGGGCCCUCAUGGACAAGAUCAUUAAGGAGAAUGAGAAGAGGCUUGAAAAAGAAGCCAGAGUAGCCAGGCUUGAGCAGGAAGAACUCGAACUCAUCCAAAGUUUGCAGAACACUCAGCUAUUGCAGAAGGCUGCCUACGAGGAACUUGAGAAUGCUCUUGAUGCAGGUGAUGAGGAUGUUAAUUAAGCAUACUCUCCUUUGUUCCAAGUAUUUAAAGCAAAGAGACCACCACCAUCAUAUGUUCAAUAUUGAUGUCA